ACAUAGAAAUGGCGAGUGGGGUUGGCGAUCUUGAGGACAGGGGCCGUGGUGAUGGUUUGCUUGAGUAAGUUGAAAGCGUGUUGGCGACGAUCGUUCCAAUGGGAGGGCUCGUCCUUGCGGGUGAGUUCGUGGAGAGGGUAAGAGAUCUCGAAAAAGUUGCGAAUGAACGGGCGGUAAUAGUUGGCAAGGCCACGGAAGGAACGAAGUUAAAGGAGGGUCUUGGGUGGGGGGUACUCGACGAGGGCUGUGACUUUCGAGGGGUCCAUACGGAUGUCUUCGGCGGAGACAAUGUGGUCGAGGUAUUCGACGCUCGAAGCGGCAAACGUACAUUUGUUGAGCUUGGCGUAAAAUUUUUGCUCUCGGAGGAUCGAGAGGACUGGGCUGAAGACAAGGAUGUUAUCAAGGCAGACGACGACACAAACUUCGAGGAGGUUGUGGAAGAUGUGGUUCAUGGUAGAUUGGAGGGUAGUGGGGGCAUUGGUGAGUCUGAAUGGCAUCACGAGGAAAUCUUAGUGCCCGAACCGAGAGCGGAAGGUGGUCUUGUGGGUGUUCUCCUCGCGGAUACGGAUCUGGCGGAAGCCACUGCGAAGGUUGAUCUUGGUAAAGUAGUUGGCUCCACGGAGAUGAUCAAGGAGCUCGGAAAUCCGAGGAGGGGGCGGGCGCGGGCUGGCGAUGGGGGUGGAGGAGUCGAUCGUGGUGAAGCAUGCGCGAGAGUCAGCAAGGGGCAUGUCGGGUUCGUGGGCGAGGGCGGGUGCAAGGUCUUUGUGGCAUACUCGUUUGAUGUGGGAGAUGAACGCAAAGUCGAGAAUGACGGUGGUGGGGAGGUGUUGGUGGAGGGAGAGGACGUAUUGGACGAAGCGUCUGUGGGACCGGUCUGGCGGAGGUGGCAGAAUUGUUCAAGGGGGGGGGGGAGGGUUGAGGAGGAAGGGUUGGUGGAUAUGGUGGUAGAGGUGGUAGGAGUGGAGGAGGUCGGCGGGGGGGUGUUGCUGGAAGCGGCUGUGGAGGAGGGAGUGGUCUAUGUUGUGGAGGUCGGAGGUGCGGCCGUGGUGACGACCGUGAUGAAGGGGUUGUUCCCUUCGAACGUGGUGACGCAGUCGGAUAUGGACGAUAUGGAGGCUUUUAUGUCGUUGAGAGAGGCGGUGACGGAGGUUUGGAGGGUGUUGAGUGUGUGGAGGAUGGCGGAGAGGUCGGUGGUGGUAGUGUUUGCUGGUGGUUGUUCGCCUGCGAGGUUGCGGGUAAUGCUAUCGACCGAGUCGGUGCGGAUGUCAGACAUGUUGAUGGAGGAUGCGGCCAUGUCGGGGGAAGAGGGGGUGGACGACGUGGCCGGAAGGAAUGUGGAGGAUGCAGCAGCAGCGUCGGCGUCGGCGUCGACUCGUUGGGAGUUCUUGGUUUGGCGUGGUGGCAUGUGGAGAGAGGUUAAGAAGAAGUUGAUCAAGCAGGCCAAGAAGUUGGCCUUGCUGGAGGAGCAGGCGGCGAAGAAGAAGAAACUUAAGGAGGAGAUGGAGAAAUUGAAAAAAGAAGAGGAGAAGAAGUUGAAGGCGGUAGAAAAAGAGGAAGUGGAAGUGGAGGAGGAGGUCCCCUUAGAAAGAAGGACCAGAACGAAAAAGGGAGAAUCGAGUGGCACGAAGCAGGGGGACCAGUGGAUGGAGAAAAAGAUAUCAGAGUGGGUUGCAAAUCUGUCACUUGGAGACGAAGAGGAAGCGAUGUUGUAUGUUACCAGGGCAGAGCAAGAGGCGGUGGUGAAAGAGUUAGAGGAAGAGGAAGACCCCUUACACCGCCAGACCAUAGAGGAGGAGAAGAAGUUGGAGUGGAAGUUGCGCCUCGCAAGAGAAAAGAAGCAACGGCUGGAUGCAACAGACAGGGUGGCAAAGGAAUUGAGGGUGGUGGAGGAGCAAAGACAACAGAUGGAAAACCAGGCAGAUGCGUUGGGGAAAAUGGAAAUCAUGGCCACGAAUAUAAAACUUAUGGCGAAGGCCCAAUAGGAGCAAUAUCAAUUGGUUAGGGGCUUCGACAUCGCUUUACAACCCAUACGCCUGGGUUUUAGAUAAUUUGCGCAAGAGAUGAUGAUGUAUGUGGGGACAAAAAUGAAGGCUAGAAUAGAAAGCACGGAACGAUUUUGCACAGGCGCCAUAGAAGGCGCCAAGCUUGCUGCUCCAAAGGAGGAGGAAGCUCGCCCCUGUAGAGAGCCAGUUAAAGUAAAAUUUCCUGAUUCCU